GCCUCCUUUCGAGAAACAUCGCGACUUAUUUUUUCUGCAGUCUUCUCAGCCACCAAGAGAGACUCCUCUUGAUACUAAAUUGUUCCCUUUUUUGCGACUUGUUUCACUGGGAAGGAAACUCAAUAUGGAUACGGGGCAACGUGGCCAAUACGACUACAAGACGAGCAUGCCCAGUGGACGACGGCUAAGUCUGAACGCUCUGAUCAGCAUCUACAUCGAACCCUUCAGUCCGCUUGAUCAGGACUUCUCCUUUCCUACCAGUCCCGCCGAUGGACAACAUUUCACAGUGCCAGAGAUCCUCUCAGAUCCUCUUUACCAGAGUCCUGACAAAGAGAACCAUCACUUGGCCUCCAGUCCUCCAGAUUACCCACCUUCAGUUCAGCAGAUACAGAGUUCCUUGACUGAUGGCUUACCCCAGAGGGAGGACCUUCAGUUGUCCUGCAGUGGCCUACCUCAUCACCUGAGCUCUGGACGACAUGACGACAGCCUAAGUAAAUUCUACUUGCAGUCUGGGGAUCAGUUGCCACUUGAAGGUAACAGCCUAAUAGCCCCUGGGUCCCUGGAGUUCUGUGAUCGAGCGACAGAAGCUUACUCACAUGAUGCCGGCUGUCUAUCAGAAUCAAAUGGCAACUCGUUAACAUGGUCCCAGGAUCCCAUCGAUGGACCGUUUCUCCACCUCGUCGCCAGCGGAUGCCUGAAUGUCAAAACAUGA